CACCAGUUCAAUUUCUAUUUCUCCUCCUUGUCUUCGGAUGUCCACUGCUCCUGUCGUUUCUGAAUCUGCUCAUACCACUCCUCCACCAACUUUGGAGUAUAUAUCGUAUAGAGAUGAGCACGAUCUAGAAGCAUUGAAUGAGCUUAUAGAGAAGGAUUUAUCAGAGCCCUAUUCAAUAUUCACUUACCGCUACUUCCUCAAUAAAUGGCCAGAACUAUGCAUCAUGUGUAUCGAUCGGUGCGUGGAUAAGAUAAUAGGAUGUGUAGUAUGUAAAUUGGAUGAGCAUCAUCCCAAGUUGAAUGAUACUACUAAUAAUGAUGUAAAGCAGCAGCAGCAGUCUACUCAAAGAGGUUACAUAGCAAUGCUAGCAGUAGAAGCCUCGUAUCGUGGUCAGCAUAUUGCAUCGCAUAUGGUACAAUUAGCAUUGGAAAGGAUGCAUCAGAUGGGUGCUGAUGAGUGUGUACUUGAAGCUGAGAUCACUAAUACAGCUGCAUUGGGACUAUACAGGAAGCUGGGAUUCAUUAAGACCAAGCGUUUGACCCGAUACUAUCUUAAUGGCUCCGAUGCUUAUAGACUCAAGUACUUCUUCAUGGAAAACCCUACUACUACUAAUGAUGAGGAGGAGAAAGAUAAGAGUGAUAAUAUCACUACUACUGAUAAAGCUAUAGAUGAUAAUAAGACUACUGAUGAUACUAAGCAAGAGUAAUAGAAGUUACUAUCAUCACGAUAGUGUUGUUUA